AAUAGACUUAAGAAAUAAACAAAAGCUUAAAUUCUUAGUAUAAUUAAAGAGUCAGUUUUCACUCUCAUAACAAAGAAACUGAUCCAUGGCAAUUUUCCCAAAACAUAGAUCUAAAGUAUCUAAAGUCAGAUGUCAAGGUAUAGACUUUAAAUGUGAGUCAAUUGUCUCAUAGAAAAUAUCCUCUGACUCCAUUGUGAAACCAAAUAUUAUACCAUUGCCAAUUCCAAAAUUAGUUAAAGGACCACAAGGUCUUAGCUUUCUCUGCUCUUCUUUCUUUACACCUUUCCAGCUGAUACUUAAUCUUUGCUAGCCAUGGAACAAAACAAUGGCACUGAAAUAAGUGAGUUCAUUCUCCUGGGAUUUGCUGGUCAACGCAAGUCGUGGCAUAUUCUCUUCAUAGUAUUUCUAGUGAUCUACGUGGCCAUCCUAGUGGGCAAUAUUGGAAUGAUCCUACUCAUCAAGAUUGAUUCUUGCCUUCAUACCCCGAUGUAUUUUUUCCUCCAACACUUGGCAUUUGUUGAUCUCUGCUACACCUCUGCUAUCACUCCCAAAAUGCUGCAAAACUUUGUACAAACAGAGCAAUCCAUCUCAUUCAUAGGGUGUAUGGUGCAAUUACUAGUCUAUGGUGCUUUUGCAACGACUGACUGUUACAUCUUGGCUGCAAUGGCAGUGGACCGGUAUGUCGCCAUCUACAAUCCACUCCACUAUCCAAUAGUCAUGUCCCAGAGAGUCUGCAUUCAACUCCUAUUUGGCUCAUACUUCAUAGGUGUUCUAAAUGCCUCUGUAAACACAAGUUUUACUUUUUCACUGAACUUUUGCAAAUCCAAUAAAAUUAACCACUUUUUCUGUGAUGAACCCCCAAUUUUAGCUCUCUCUUGUUCCAACAUUGACUUCAACAUCAUGCUGCUAACUGUCUUUGUGGGGUUUAACCUAAUGUUCACUGUGCUGGUUGUCAUCUUUUCCUACAUAUAUAUCCUGGCUGCCAUCCUGAAGAUAUCUUCCAUUGCAGGAAGAAAAAAAGCCUUCUCCACGUGUGCCUCCCACCUGACAGCAGUCACUGUUUUCUAUGGGACUCUGUCUUACAUGUAUCUGCACCGUGGGACCAAUGAGUCUCAAGAGCAAGAAAAAAUGGCUUCUGUGUUUUAUGGCAUCAUGAUCCCCAUGUUAAACCCCCUCAUCUACAGCCUGAGAAACCAAGAUGUGAAGGAAGCCCUAAAAGUGGUUACAAAGAAGUGCUUCUGGUUUGAUCAUUGAUUUCUGAUUUUUUACACUUGUAAACAAGACUGACAGUGCCAGUUUUUAAGAAAUCAAAACCAAACUUCCAAGC